AGGCUUAAGAAGGAAAAAGAGGCUUUGUCUGAUACUGAUUAUCGUUUCCAAAAAUGGGUCAAAUCCGUUUGGUGUGGUUCUUGUUUCUUUGCCUGUUGGGACAUGAAGGGUUGGCUAAGGGUGUGUUAGGCUUGGCUUGCAACUGGGGGCUGCAAUCCACGCACCCAUUGCCACCUAACAUAGUGGUCAGGCUCCUGAAAGACAAUGGGUUCAACAAAGUGAAGCUGUUUGAAGCUGAUACUGGGGCACUCAAGGCUCUUGGCAGAUCUGGUAUCCAAGUUAUGGUUGGAAUACCAAAUGACAUGUUGGCUUCGCUUGCCAGUGCUGUGGGAAAUGCCGAGGCAUGGGUGAAACAAAAUGUUUCCUACUAUAUAUCCACCCAUGGAACUGAUAUAAGGUCUGUAGCCAUAGGCAAUGAACCUUUCCUACACUCAUACAAAGAUAUGUUCGUGCGUACAACAUUGCCAGCCCUUGAAAACAUUCAAGCAGCUCUUAUCAAAGCAGGCCUAGGCAAACAGGUGAAGGUAACCAUUCCACUGAACGCCGACGUCUACCAGACCGACUCCGGUCUACCCUCCGGCGGUAAUUUCCGACCCGAAUUGUUGGAUCUAAUGACAAAGAUCAUCAAGUUCCUACAAGAAAAUGGUGGGUUUAUCACCAUCAACAUCUACCCCUUUCUUAGUCUCCAAGCUGAUCCCAGUUUCCCCAAAGAAUAUGCCUUCUUCAACAACACUGCUAGUCCCCUUGUGGAUGGUUCCAUCGUUUACACCAAUGUUUACGAUGCCAACUUCGAUACCCUCAUUUCAGCCCUCGAAAAGAAUGGCUUUGGACGUAUGCCUAUCGUCGUUGGAGAAGUUGGGUGGCCAACUGAUGGUGAUCCUAAUGGAAAUAUAGACAAUGCUAAAAGGUUCAACCAAGCACUUAUAAGCCGUAUAAUCCAAGGCCAAGGUAGCCCAAAACGCCGUACCCCGCCUGAUGUCUACAUCUUUUCUCUCCUCGAUGAAGACCAUAAGAGCACUUUGCCUGGCAACUUUGAGAGGCAUUGGGGUAUCUUCAAAUACGACGGCAGCGUCAAAUAUCCAUUGGAUAUGGGCAAUGGAAGAGCCCUCGUCCCAGCUAAAGGUGUCAAAUAUUUGGCCAAGCAAUGGUGCGUAAUGUCUCCUUCGGCUAGCUCGUCAGACCCCAAUACGUUGGCACAAAGCGUUACCUACGCAUGCGAGAACGCGGAUUGCACCAGUCUGGGGUAUGGAUCCUCGUGUGGUAAUCUGGAUGCCCAAAGCAACGCUUCGUAUGCGUUUAAUUCGUAUUUCCAGACCAUGAACCAAAGCAAAGAAGCAUGUUCUUUUAAUAACUUGGCUACCAUUACAAACGUUGAUCCUUCUAAGCCACCUUGUCGUUUCGAGAUCAUGAUCGACACCCGAAAACAGAAAGCAGCUCGUACCCCUUUCAAGUCUUCGGCUUCAAAAAUGGAAGGCAUAUUUGCAGCUUUGGUUGUGGUGUUGGGUUUAGUUAUUUGUGGUGUUCAUUGAUUUGAGUUCUUAAUUUGCCUUUGCUGCAGUCACCCAGGCAACCAUCUCUUCCAUUUUCUGAGGUUAAAUUUACUAAUUUAUUUUUAGACCCCAUUGUAAAUUUAAUUAUUCAAUCAAAACAUUCCUUGUUUGCAGAUUAAGAUAUAAA